AUGAGUUGGAGUCCAUUAGGAAAGACUGGAUUGGCCUAUGCCAAAGUAUGGCAUCUUGUUGAUGCACGAGACAAACCAUUGGGAAGACUAGCCCAACGAAUUGGAAUUGCCCUAAGAGGCAAAUACAAACCAAUAUACAAUCCAGCUGUCGACACUGGAGAUUACGUUGUAGUCAUUAACGCCAGACAUGUGGCCCUCUCUGGUGACAAAAAGGACACCAAAAUGUAUCAUUGGCAUACUGGAUGGCCAGGUGGUUUGAGAAAGGCUUCCUUCAAGGAACUCGUUGAAAAGAAUCCAACCUCGCCUCUACAAAAAGCUGUAUAUGGGUUGCUACCCAAAAACAAUUUACGGCAUGUUUGGAUGUCUAGACUCAAAAUAUUCGCUGACGAUCAACAUCCAUACGCGGCAAACAUUUUAAGAGACUACGAACAGUCACCACCGACAUCGCAGGAAGCACCACAACCGCAGUCACCACUACCACCUCAACAACAGUAA